AUCCCAUUCCGAUGUACCGCUAUAGAGGCACUGAGCACGAAGAUGUACACCACAAAAAGUGACGUGUGGUCCUUUGGUAUCCUUAUUUGGGAGAUCGUGACCCUUGGAGGUACACCCUACAGUGGGAUGAAGUCGAGACUCUUAAUAAGAAGGCUACAUGAAGGAUACAGGCUACCCAAACCCAGGAACUGUGAGGAUGCGCUGUACCACGUGAUGAUGAGGUGCUGGGAACGCCUUCCGACGGACCGACCGACUUUCUCGGAGCUGGUGCAAGAGCUCAAAAACAUGAUGAGAGACAUGACGAAUUACAUUAACGUUGACGAUGAUUAUGAGUACGAGGUGGUGGAGUCUGGUGAUGACGAUGAUGAUGGUGAUUUUAUGAUGUAGUAACACAUCCAUGAUCCUGCUAAGUACACGUUACACAUGAUUACGUCUAGCAUUUCACCAUAGUGAACAUGUACUAAUAAUAUGAAUAACGUUUUCUACAUCUAAUUAAAAUUGAUGUAUUCAACUCUCUACAUUUCAGCGUAGAGAGUGCGAUCUGUCAAAACCAGCGGUUCUACAUGUACGUAGAGAUUAAGAUCAGAAAAGAUAAAGAAGUUAUGUUAAUCGAACCCUUCAUAUAUAUCAUGAAAUCCUAUAUUUAAAAUUUGGAGUUUCUGUUUUCCACAAAAUGUCUUUUUAGCUACAUGAUAUUUGCAUACUGCUUAUUUGAAUAUCUGCCCUUACAGUUGGAGUUUAUUGGAUGCGUUGUAUGUUUUGAAAUAUGUUUGUGGGUUAUUUUAAACCAUAGCGAUUGUACUUUUUGAGUGAUGAAAAGCUGGGCUGUCCUAUUUCGUUCGUUUCAACGGUGAUGUGGUCUAAAUCACUUUGGGUUUGUUUGCGCUAGUUUGUUUGCGCCAGUGAAACUAGUGGUAUGUAAAAAGGGUGGAUUUUUUCAGUUCUAGUGUACAGAGAUCGCAUGUGCCAAUUACUAGACUACUAUUACUACUGUCAUAUGAAUUACAAGGAAAACAUUUAUUUUGUUACCAGGCUGGUUUACUUAGGAAUUAAGGAAAGAUAAAAGUUUGCUUUUUCUUAGCAUUAGCAAUUUGAAAGAUAAUUGGUCAGAGGAUAAGGCCUUUAAAUGUUAUUAAACAAAUACUAUUUAUGGUGGCCGUACCCUUCCCCUUCCUCUUCUCAUUAUACUGCUCUCAUGAAACACCACGCUUUUAUGUUUUGUACUAUGACUCUAUCUUGCUCCUUCAGUUCUGCUCUUGACUACAUGUUACUAACAUGUUACUAAGUUAUACAUUUUUAGUUCAACUAUCAACUUUCGUCACUCAAGCCCGAUAUCUAUUUUUAUGUACUAGGAUUAAAUCUUGUGUACUUCAGUUCUGUUUUUGUUGGUUGGAGUAACAUUUAAGUUCAGCGAUUAUUUUGUAGUAACAAUACUAUGUCUUAGACUAAGGAAACCUUCAAUAGGCACUGUGGAUAGCAUGCUACUACAUUAUAAAUGUAUGUUAACGCGUAACUUUCUCUAUUAUUUGAUGUACGGUUGAACUUAUCUUGAUUUUCUAAAUCCGUUCUGUUCCUAGUUCAUUGACACACUUAUUUGUACCUGAUGCGUAUCAAACAAACCAUAUUAUGAUCAUUUGAUAUUAGACACUUUCUGUUUUCUUUGUCAUGCAAACCCUGUGUUGCACACGUGUCAUGAGUUCACCGUAUCACUGCUUAAGGUGGGUUCACA